AAAAAAUGUAGCAUUGUUUCUAGCUUUUCGAUUUUAGUACACAAGCAAGAUUCGUUGUUCUUUGCAGAGAAAGUACAGGAUAAUCACAUGAUUAUAAGUUUAGUUGAAGAACCUUUUUCUUUUUGUCUUGUUUUUUUGUUUGAAAUACAAUUGAAAGAGAUGGAGUUGGUGCUGUGUUUACAGUGUUUUGGUUCAUCGAUGACAAAGAAACAAGUUUCUUAUGUGCAGUUGAAUUUAAAAGGCGCUGGCUCUGGACCCUUAUGGCCAACCUCUGCAUUCAUUGACAAUAGCUUGAGAACGGUACUAGGCUCAAAGAUCACCAACCAGAGGCUCUUGACACGGAAUUUGAAGCUUGCUGCCGAAUAUGAUAAGGAAAAGCAGCCCUCGAAAGACAAAUGGAAGGGGCUUGCAUUUGACACAUCGGAUGACCAACAGGACAUUACCAGAGGUAAGGGAAUGGUUGACUCUCUCUUCCAAGCUCCCAUGGGGACAGGAACUCACUAUGCUGUCAUGAGCUCCUAUGACUACACCAGCAAAGGUCUAAGACAGUACAAACUGGACAACAAAAUGGAUGGCUUCUACAUCGCAUCUUCAUUUAUGGACAAACUUGUUGUUCACAUCACCAAGAAUUUCUUGCAACUCCCAAGCAUUAAGGUUCCUCUCAUAUUGGGUAUCUGGGGAGGCAAAGGUCAAGGAAAAUCAUUUCAGUGUGAGCUUGUCUUUGCCAAGAUGGGAAUCAACCCCAUUGUGAUGAGUGCUGGAGAAUUGGAAAGUGGGAACGCUGGUGAGCCUGCAAAAUUGAUCAGACAAAGGUAUCGUGAGGCAGCGGACAUCAUCAAGAAGAAAGGAAAGAUGUGCUGCCUGUUCAUCAAUGAUCUUGAUGCUGGAGCUGGUAGGUUUGGUGGAACUACCCAAUACACAGUAAACAAUCAGAUGGUUAAUGCUACCCUCAUGAACAUUGCUGAUAACCCGACCAGUGUCCAGCUCCCAGGUAUGUACAACAAGGAGGAGAACCCCCGCGUUCCGAUCAUUGUCACUGGUAAUGACUUCUCAACGUUGUAUGCCCCUCUCAUCCGUGAUGGCCGAAUGGAGAAAUUCUACUGGGCCCCUACUCGGGAAGACCGAAUUGGUGUGUGCACUGGGAUAUUUGGCAGUGAUAAUGUUCCCAGGGAGGACAUUGUCAAGCUUGUCAACACUUUCCAUGGGCAAUCCAUUGACUUCUUCGGUGCACUUAGGGCAAGAGCAUAUGAUGACGAAGUGAGGAAGUGGAUUUCUGGUGUGGGUGUAGAAAAUGUUGGGAAAAGGCUUGUGAACUCAAAGGAAGGAACUCCAACUUUGGAAAAACCGAAGAUGACUCUCGAGAAGCUCCUUGAGUAUGGCAACAUGCUUGUCCUGGAGCAGGAGAACGUGAAGAGAGUCCGGUUGUCUGACAAAUACUUGAAAGAGGCAGCUCUUGGAGAAGCAAAUGAAGAUGCCAUGAAGAACGGAAGCUUCUAUGGUUAGACCUUGGUCCAAAUUAAACGCCUUGAUGAGAUAUUUACAUCUGGCUUUAGGAUUGUGCAAUAAAGAUAUCAGAAGAAAUAAUCAAGCUUUUCUAUAAUUUUUUGGACACAAGCAAAGCCGCCCAACGGGUCAACCUUCCUGUUCCAGAAGACUCCACUGAUUCAUUGGCAGAGAACUUUCAUCCAACCGCUAGGAGUGAUGAUGGCAGCUGCCUCUGUCAAUUUUAGGCCUCCCUUAUAAACGUUAUUACGUUGUAAAGAUGGUAUACUCUAGAAUGAGUUGGCAACUCUGUCUCAUUUAUUGGUUUAACUUAUAAUUGAGUUAAUAAAGAUGAUGUACAGGCGCAAAAGGUACGGGAGGGAGCUAUCUCUACAAUAUUGGUAGCUUUUGGUGCAUUUAAUUUAGGAGUAGCGAUAAUGAAAGUAAUUUUUCAUAGACUCUUUGUAUUUAUUUUUCAAACUUUUAGUUUGAUUUUUUAUUUGAUUGUUUUGGGACUUAGGUUUUCUAAUAGGUUUUAAGGAGUUGAAGUUGAUGCUGAUGAUUUGAGAUGAAGAAAAUAGAGUAUUGUA